AUGGGCGAUGGCCUGCUCCAGGUCUCGCUUCUUCACACACUGAAUCCCCAGGUUCUGAAAGCUAACACCUCACAGCCGUCAACCCGACUGGCCUUCCCGGCCCAGGGCCUGCCCUCAGACACCCUCUUUGGUACUCCUCUGCCCCACCCCCGGCUCGGGGGCCCCAUUUCCACUGCUCUGUCCUGGGCUCACCUUGAUGGUGGGAUGCGUCUUGGUGGUGUCCGUGCUGCGCUCCCCGGGGAUGCUGCCCGCAGACCGGCCCUCGCACUUGUAGCGGAAGCGCAUCCCCCGCUGCUUGGGCUGCUCGAUGAUCUCCACGAACGGACCUCGGGCCGGGGGAGAAUCUGGGGGGGCGGAGGGGGCCGCACACACCGCGGGCUCAGGACCCCCCGGCUCUGGACCCCGAUGCCUCCCCCGACCCUCCCAGCCCCCCCCCGCGCCGCCCCCACUUACCCGAGGCGAAGAUCAUGGGUAACAGAGGUCAGUCUCACCCUCCAUGGCCAGGGUCCUGGGGGGCGGGGCCGGGGGUCUCAGCUGGAGCCCCCGCGGCGCGGCGCGCGCCCUACGCCCGAGCCAUUCGCCAGAGGCGGAAAUGCGCCGCGCGCGCUCGCGGCGUCACUGCUCGGAAUGUUGGGCCGCGCCUGCGCACCAGAGCCUCCCGGGACGCGCGCGCUCCGCGCGCUCCCGCCUGCGGGGGCGGGGCGGACUGAGUGCGCAGGCGCGGGGAGGUGGCUGCCGAGCAGGGCAAGGCCUAGGGGCAGGGAGGCUUCAGACCCGGGCCGGCCCUUCCGCGCUUUAGAGUUCUGGGGGCCACUCCCCCUACUCCGCUCUCCUCCUCCUCCAACGCCUUGUUCUGUCUCGGCUGUUGGAUCCCCUGGCAGAUCACAUCCUCCACCCACAAAAACAGCGCAAUCCCUGGAGCGAUUAAACAUGGAACCCAAAUCCGUCCGCUUGCCAUUUCCAGCCCCAGUCUUGCUCGGCACCAUGGCAGGAGGCGGGAGCCUGCUUCUUCAUUGGCCCUCUGCGUUUAUGCUUUGUGUUCUGAUCGGAGUUCUGAAGUCCUUCAAAGUGGUUUUCCUUUACAGCAGAACCCUGGGUUUUCUUGGAGACUCAGCUUCAGCACCUUGGGCUUUUCCUGUUCCCCCUCUGGUAUGGAGUGCCUCUCCCCCAGAUUACCUUGUACGGGUUUUGUGCAUGUUAGAAUACAAGCUCCCUGAGGGCAGGUACCACCUGCCUUUUGGUUUUGUAUCCCCCAAUGCCUGUCAUAUAAUGCACAUUUAAAGGAUUGUGGAAGCACAGUCCUGAAUUGCUGGGAGAACAUACCUGAAAGGGGGUGGGGGGCUGUGGAAGCAGAACCUGCUUGUUUUCUCCUUCCUUUUUUCCCGUUGCUAUAAGGCAGGGCCGUCUAGGUGGGAAAGAGGGGAGGGUACUCUGGGAAAUGAAAGUGAUCUGAACGGGAUGUCAAUAAAAUCUUUAAAUUGACAGGAAUGCUGGUUGAUUGCUUGUUUCUGUCCGCUUCUUAAAGCUGUCUCUCCUAAAGCACAACAGCCGUCGUUGACAGAGAGAAUGUGCCCUGUGGACAGUGCCUUUCCCUGGAUCCUCUGUCCUCUGAGUUUUGGUGGCACUGCUCUCUCCUGG